CCACUGAGGCGGACGUUUGGCGCGGAUUUCUGUUCGUUUUCGUUCGUUGUGUCUGUCGUUCUUUCUUUUGUGGGGGUAAUUCUGCACGUGUUGAAGCCGCGACUGUUUCGAGUACACAAAUCACUCGGUAGUGGAAAAUAAUUAAUGCUGAAGUAGUGUUUUUCUAUUUGUCGCCACCUACAACCCACAGGUGGAACCGCAGACGCUGACCAAACAGAAAGCCAUAUGAUAACAUGGACAGCAGUCCAAAGCCGGAACGUAAAAAUCCGCGUCAGGGUGCAAAUAUCUUCUCGCAGUUGAUAUUUGCAUGGGCGUUGCCAUUGCUCUACCGGGGAUCGCGUCGCGGACUAAACACAGACGAUCUGACGGAAUGCCUCGAGGAGGAUCACUCUGAGCAGUUAGGCGAUCGUUUGGAGGAUGAAUGGUACAAGGAGGUGGAACGAGCCCAUCGCAAAUCGAACAAGCCUCGGCUAAGGAAUGCCCUAUUUCGUUGCUUUUUAGGACCCACGAUCGUCAAUGGUCUUAUUUGUUUAAUCUAUAUAGUGAUCAAAACCUUGAUACCCGCUGUACUGGCCCAGUUGUUGCUUCAGUUCCAGAAGCUGCCAUCACCCACACCCGUCAAGGAAAUAUCUCUAACAGAGACCCUAAACAGAACAGCCCGCUCUAUUGGUCACUUUGUGCUGUCGCAGGCUGUGGCCGAUGCCAGCGGAGCAGGCAGCGAUGUCGAUUCCCCCAAUGCCCUGGACAAGGGCCUGGAUCCCACCAAGGAAUACGUGCAACUCUCAACCGAAGAGGUGGCUCGGAAUGCCAGCAUCCAGCGGAGUAGCUUCGAGGAGGCCACCGAAUACAUUUGGAACGAUACCUACAGCCUGGGCUGUGUCCUCGUGGGCUCCACUCUGUUUGGCUGCUUCCUGCUGCAUCACGUGGAUCUGCGUCAGCGUUUGAUGGGCGCUCGGAUGCGCAUUGCCUGCUGUUCGCUGAUCUACCGCAAAACCCUGAGGGUGUCGAUGAAGACGGCGGGCCAGACCCCGGCUGGAUAUCUGAUUAACCUGCUCUCGAACGAUGUGAAUCGUUUGGACUAUGGCUUCAUAUUUGUCCACUGGAUCUGGAUAAUGCCCAUGCAGGCGGUGCUCACGUGCUACCUGAUUUGGCUGCGCAUUGGCAUCCCGGCGCUGGUGGGGGUGAUUGGGCUGCUGCUGAAGACCAUACCAGUGCAGACGGCGCUCAGUAAGCUGACGUCCGUGUUGCGGAUGCGGAUCGCCGAGCGCACCGACGCUCGCGUGGGCAUCAUGAACGAGCUGGUGCAGGGCAUACAGGUGAUCAAGAUGUAUGCCUGGGAGCGGCCCUUUCAGGCGGUCGUGGCCGAGGCCCGACGCAGCGAGAUCCAACAGAUCCGCUAUGCAUCCUACCUGCGUGGCUUCUACCUCAGCACCAUGGUGUUCACGGAGCGUUCCACGCUGUACAUCACCCUGGCGGCGGCCGCUCUCAUGGGCCAACCCAUCACCGCGGACUUUGUGUUCUCGGCGGCCAGCUACUACAACAUCCUGCAGCUGGUGGCCGCCAUCUGGUAUCCCCUGGCCAUUAGUUUUGGAGCCGAGGCCUUGGUCUCCCUGCGGCGCAUACAGGACUACCUGCAGCUGGAGGGGCGCGACGAGAAGACCCACGGACUGACGCACAAGCAGAACCAGGAUGGUGGCGACUCGCGUGCCGUCAUCCUCAAGGACAUCAAUGCCAGCUGGGACAUCGAGAAGCCGGUGGCCCAGCGCACCCUCCAGAGCAUCAACCUGCAGAUCGAGAAGGGUCAACUGUGCGCCGUAAUUGGAACCGUCGGAGCCGGCAAGAGCUCUCUGCUCCAGCUCCUGCUCGGAGAGCUCCCGAUCAUCGAUGGCGGGGUCGUGAUUCAAGGAGAUCUGUCGUAUGCCGCCCAGGAGCCCUGGCUCUUCACGGGCACCGUGCGCAAGAACAUUCUGUUUGGAGAGCAGUACGAUCGGAAGCGCUACCAGGAGGUCACCCGAUGCUGUGCCCUCAGCACCGACUUCCAGCAGCUGAGCAACGGCGACAAGACGGUGGUGGGCGAGCGCGGUGCCUCGCUCUCUGGCGGUCAAAGGGCGCGCAUCAGUUUGGCCCGGGCUGUCUACAAGCCCGCCUCCAUUUACCUGUUGGACGAUCCACUGAGUGCCGUAGAUGCCCAUGUGGGGCGGCAUCUGUUCGACGAGGUGAUUGGACCCAGGGGCCGUCUGGCCCAGCUGAAGGCCACCCGCGUUUUGGUCACACAUCAAGUGCACUUUCUGUCCGAGGCCGAUGUGAUUGUGAUUGUGGAUCAAGGACGUAUCCUAAGGAAGGGCACAUAUCAGGAGCUAAUCAACAGCGAACUCGACUUUGCCAAGCUCCUGGAGCGGCCCAAAGAGGAGGAGACGGAGAACAGCAACAGACUGAAUACAUCAUCGCCUACCAUCAGUGGCCAUGACCUGGAGGAUGACGAUGAUGACAUACCCUACAUUGAUGGCGUACGCGAUGGCUAUCAGCCGCUGAGGAAACAGAGCAACUCCACCCACGGCAGCAAAUCGUUGAACAGCAGCGAUCAAACCGAAAUGGAUCCGGAUGAUGAUGAUUUGGCGGAGGCCCAGGCCUCUGGUGGUAUCUCCCCGAAAGUCUGGUACGAGUACUUCCAUGCGGGCAGCACUUGCCUGAGCUUCAGCUUCAUGGUGUUCGUCAUGCUGAUGUCCCAGGUGGUGUGCAGCAGCUCCGACUUCUUUUCGAACAUCUGGACGCAGCAGGAGCACCAGCGAUCGCUGGGGGAACCCACCAGCUUCACCACCUUCGAGUGCAUGUACAUCUAUGGCGGGCUGAUCAUCGCUGUGGUUAUUAUGACCACUUUCCGUGGCUUUCUGUUCUUCAAGACGUGCAUGCACGCCUCCAAGGUGCUGCACGAUCGCAUGUUUGGCUGCAUUUUGCACGCCACAAUGCGGUUCUUUGACACGAAUCCCUCGGGCAGGAUACUGAAUCGUUUCUCCAAGGAUAUGGGGGCCAUUGAUGAGCUGCUGCCUCGGGCCAUGAUGGACUUUAUACAGAUUGCUCUCGUGAUGUUUGGUAUCCUGAUUGUGAUCUCUGUGGUGAACCCCGUGCUGAUGGCUGCCAUGCUUGUGGUGGCCGUCAUCGAUAUGCUCAUCCUGAAGCUGUAUCUGCGACCAUCGCAGGAUCUGAAGCGGCUGGAGGGCAUCUGCCGCAGUCCUGUGUUCUCGCAUCUGAGCUCUUCGCUCUCGGGACUGGCCAUCAUACGCUCCCGACAGCUGCAGGAUGUUGUGGCCAAGGAGUUCGAUCUGCUGCAGGAUGUCCACAGCAGCGUCUGGCAGCUGACGAUGGCUGCAAAUACGGCGCUGGGUCUUUGGCUGGACUGCGUCAGUUGUGUCUUCCUUUCGGUGGUCACAUUCAGCUUCAUCAUCAGCAACGAAUCCACGUACAGCGGCAAUGUGGGCCUGGCCAUUUCCCAGGCCAUGAUACUCACGGGCAUGGUGCAGUAUGGCGUCCGCCAGGUGGCCGAGUCCCUGCAGCAGAUGACCAGCGUGGAGCGCGUGCUGCAGUACACCGAACUCGAGCAGGAGCCGGCGGUCAGUGAGAAGGAGCCACCGGCCCAGUGGCCCACCCAUGGCCAGGUGGAGCUGCGCGACAUGAGCUGUCGCUACGAUCCCAAUGGAUCGCCGGUGCUCAAGAAUCUCAGCCUCACCAUCGAAGCGGGCUGGAAGGUCGGCAUAGUGGGCCGGACAGGUGCUGGCAAAUCGUCGCUGAUUGGAGCCCUCUUCCGAUUGGCGCACAUCGAGGGCGGCAUCUAUAUCGAUGGCAUUGAGACGGGCACCAUUUCGCUGGAGAUCCUGCGCACUCGCAUCUCGAUUAUACCCCAAGAUCCGGUGCUUUUCUCGGCCACCAUUCGCUACAAUCUGGAUCCGUUUGAGCGGUACACGGACGCCGAGCUCUGGCACGCCCUGGAGGAUGUGGAGUUGCGCGGCGCCAUUCCCGGACUGGACUACAUGGUCACGGAAAGGGGCAGCAACUUUAGCGUUGGCCAGCGACAGCUUCUGUGCCUGGCACGGGCCAUACUACGGAAUAACAAGGUCCUGGUGCUGGACGAGGCCACGGCCAAUGUGGAUCCACAAACCGAUGGCCUGAUACAGCGCACCAUUCGCGUCAAGUUCCAGCAAUGCACCGUCCUCACGGUUGCCCAUCGGUUGCACACUGUCAUGGAUUCGGAUCGCAUUAUCGUCAUGGACGCUGGCACAGCGGUGGAGUUUGAUGUCCCGCAUCUGCUGCUCAAGAAGUCCCGGGGCCACCUCCGACAGAUGGUCGAGGCCACGGGCAGUGAGUCGGACGGUCUCAAGAAGGUGGCCAGCGAUACCUUCAAGCGUAUGCAAAGGCAACGGGAGGACCAAAGGGCCGCGGCGCAACAGUCGUCGGAAGACGAUCAGCGGCAGGAGGAGUGAGUGGGAAUGGGGCAAUGGAAACUCCGGGAUUCGCAUUUACCCCACAGCCGGUGCUGUGUAGCCCAACGGAAACCGUACCAAAAUGAUUUUCUUUUUGCAUAGAUACAUAUUUGUAUGUAAUAUUCAUGUUUCCAUGUUCUUAGUCUUUAGUUUAAGACUCGAUAACAGUUUUGAAAACCGAAAA